UUAAAAAAUGGUUAUUGUUAUUUGGUUGGUAGUGAUUUUUUUUUUAACAUGGUAAUACAGAAAUCAUAUGACAAUCAUUUGAGUCCGUCGUAUAUUUCCGAACAAAAUGGCUGUAGCCAUGGCUCUGUUUUGGGUUUCUCUUGUUUUAUCAGUAAUCGGCUCCAAUGCUGGGGGAGAGUUCAGUGUUCUUCAUAGUCCGGAAUCCCUUAAAUUCUCGGGUUCAGGAAAAACCAUGGAAAGUCUCCUGAAAGAGAUCUUUUCAGCUGCACUGGGACUCUCCGUCGAAGAGAAUUCAGAAUGGAAAGGCAUGUAUGUCAUGGAUCCCUUCAACACACCGGAAGCCGUUGUGGAGGUUUACAUUGAUGGUGUCUCCAGCCUUGGUGAAACUGCAGGAUUAAAGUCCAAAACCUACCCUCUGAUUGUGAACGAGUACGAGCCAGACACAUUCCAAGGUGUUAAACACAGGAUCAAGCAGCGCUUCACUAACGGUGGAAACAAGAUCGCUAAUGUCAAGUUAUAUGAUAGCAAUGAGCUCAACACCGAGGAAUUCAAGAAUGCGUUUGGUGAUGUGAAACCUCCCAAAGUUCCCAAACUGAAUUUAAUUCACUUGAAGUACACAGUAGAUGAAGACUAUCACUUCAUGAAUGAGCUCGCUACUUUGAGAGCUAUCAUCAAAAAGAUUGAGAGUGGUGCUAUUGUUCCUGAUAACAUUAUUGAUUUCUACAACUUCCGUUUCCGUUCUCUGCAUGCUCUGUCAGACUACCAUGGACCUAGCUCCCUGCAAGCUAAAGAAGCCAAAAAAUUGCUAGCCGAAGCUAUCGAAGACCUGAGCCAGGCAUUUGUGGCAGCUUACGAUGGCUCCGUGCUGGUCACGGCUGUCACUACAGACGUUGCUCACACUCGCCGUCCCAUCCGAUCCGUCGAUACCCCCGGAGCUGAUGGCAAACCCGUCGCUCAAGACUUCGAGUGGCAAUCUAAGGACCUUAAGGCGAAUAACGACACUGAUGACGGCUACAAUGCUGACUACCCUGCAAUCUUCAACAUCAUUCUUUGGUUUGUGGUUGUAAUGGCUUUCAGCCUCAUUGCUAUUGUCUAUGCUCUGGCUGACAUGGACCCAGGAAGGGACUCCAUCAUCUACAGAAUGACUAGCACAAGAAUGAAGAAGGAUAAUUAAAUCCUUCACUCUGUGUUAAAAGUUCAUAGCAGUAUUGUAUUAGAAAAUCCAGUUGAUCAACGUCAUGGAACCAAAAAAUCGAAUGUUCCAUCAAAAAUAAUUUCAAUAUUGUACAUAAUUUUGUUUAUUGGUCAUUCUGUAAUUAUGUAACAUAACAAGUAAAUAAUGUUUUAUAUAGUGUUAUUUUAGUUAUAAAUGAAUCAUUUGUUGAAUACCAAACCAUUGUUAUUUAUUUACAAAUUAAAUUAUAUAAAUGCAUACCUAGCCUAAGUAAAAGUACCAUAUACGCAAGUUUUUCGUAUCACAUCUUGGAUUAAUCUCUGCAUAAAUUGUAUUUUAUAAAAGCCGGUUUCCAUCCGGUACUAUUGAGUAGCUUGGUUUACAUUCCUGGUACGUAAAAUGAGUUGAAAAUGUUCUCCCAAGAUUUCGCCUAUUUUCUUGCGCGAAAACCAAGCUGUAUUGCUUUUUGCCGAGUGUGCAUGUCAAACACAGUUAUCAGUCAAUAGCUGUGUGGGAUAUAUUGCUGUUAUUUAUAAUUAAAAAUAAUUGUUCGGAAAUAAAUGUAAGUUCAAUUGUAGUUGUGUGAUUGUAUUCUAUAAACCGAUUGUGUAAAUAAACGUUAAUACCUAUA